AAAAAACAACAAUAGAAGAAGAAGCUCAGGUCAGGCUCUCUGUGGAUCCUCCAGCAUCCAGAAUGUGGAGACCUCCUUCCCGGGGAGCAGCGCUCCUCCGGCGGGCUCUCCGUCGCGGCUCGGUCCCGAGCAGGUCCAAAGGUGGUUCCGAGAGGGCGUGGGCGACACCGAGCGGGUUCGACACCGGGGUGGUGACUUUCAACAGCCUGAGCAAGAAGAAGGAGCCCCUGAUCCUGGCCAGAGAGCGGGUAGCGACCUGGUACAGCUGUGGCCCCACCGUGUACGACCACGCGCACCUGGGUCACGCUUGCUCCUACGUCCGCUUCGACAUCCUGCAGAGGAUCCUGUCCCGCUGCUUCGGGGUGGUCGUGGUCCACGCCAUGGUCAUCACUGACGUUGAUGACAAAAUCAUCCAACGGAGCUGGCAGGAAAACGUUUCUCCAGCCGUCAUCUCCAGAAUGUAUGAAGAGGAGUUCAAGAAGGACAUGCUGUCUCUGAAGGUCAUCCCUCCGGUGGUGUACCUGAGAGUCACCGAGAACGUGCAUCGCAUCGUUGCGUUUAUUGAAGGAAUCAUCAGAAACGGGAACGCGUACGCCACCAGAGAAGGUGACGUUUACUUUGACGUCCAGUCUAUUGGAGACCGUUACGGCUGGUUUACCGGAGCCACGGGUUCUCACGGAGAGCAAGGCAGCUCUGGUAAAAGAGACCCGAGGGAUUUUGCUCUCUGGAAGAAGGCGAAGCCUCGGGAGCCGUACUGGGAAUCUCCGUGGGGUCGAGGAAGACCAGGCUGGCAUAUCGAGUGUUCCACCAUUGCCAGCCACGUGUUUGGGAAUCAGCUGGAUAUCCACUCUGGAGGGGUGGACCUGGCCUUUCCCCACCAUGAGAACGAGGUGGCUCAGAGCGAGGCCUACCACCAGUGCAGACAGUGGGCAAACUACUUCCUCCAUUCAGGUCAUCUGCAUCUCAGAGGCAGUGCAGAGAAAAUGUCCAAAUCUUUGAAAAAUUAUAUCACCAUCAAGGAUUUUCUCCAGUCUCACUCUGCCAGUGAGUUUCGGAUGUUUUGCCUUCUGACCAAAUACAGAUCAGCCAUAGACUACAGCGACGGCAGCAUGUCGGAGGCCCGGGCGGCUCUGGAAACCAUCCGCACCUUCACGGAGGCCGCUGAGGCCUACAUGAAGGGCCAGCUGCGCUGCUCGCCGGUGCAGGAAGGCUUCCUGUGGGAGAGGCUGCUGGAAGCUAAGUCCGGCGUGCUGAAGGCUCUGGCCGACGACUUUGACACGCCGAGAGCCGUGGGUGCCUUGAUGAACAUGAUUUAUCACGGGAACUGCCAGCUGCAGCCUGUUGCCGUGGCGGACGAAGCGGCUCGUAGUCCUGCGGUGUUUGGAGCCAUGGUGACCUUCAUCAGAGAGAUGCUGGAGGUGUUUGGGAUCGAUCUGCUGCAGGAUAAGGAGGCAGACGUUUUCAGCCGAAGUGGAAGUCUGCAGGCCGUUGUGGAGCAGCUGACCCGUUUCAGGAGUGAAGUCCGAGAGUUUGCACUCACUCGUCAGGACGGUCCAUCAUCCGGAUCCUCCGGGAAACCUGGACUUUAUCCGGACAGAGCCCCCCUCCUGAAAGCCUGCGACGCCCUCAGGAACGAGCUGGCGCCUCUGGGUGUCUUGAUAAAGGACAGAGGCUCCACCUCCACCUGGGAGAUCAAAGGAGAUCAAAGGACAUCAAGAGUUCAGGAUCCAGACCGGGACAGAGGCAGCUGAAAUCCUCUGAAACUCAAAGACUGAAGAGAAGUCAAGAAAAUAAACUCUGAUCUUUAGCCCUCUUCAAGACCGUCUCUGAGGUUUCAGCUGAAGACUGCACAGAUUCCUCAUCACAGAGGAGAACUUUCAGCUCCAAAUGAGUUUGAAUGAAUGACAUCAGAAAAGCCUCUUGAAGAACAAAGAAGUUCACAGAUUUACUCGAGGAACAAAAAGAUAAAGCUGAGAAGGAGAAAGCAGUAAUAAGCAAAGCCAACUCUGGAUCUUUUAGUUCUGAUUGAGAAAAAAAGAAAACUUAAAGGCCUUAGUGCAACAGUGACAUCUGGUGGAGAAAUGAAGCCACCAUCUCUCAUCUCAAACUAGUAAAGCUGAUCGCGCAUUGUGUCACUCUGUCUGUGUGUGAAGGUUUUUGGAGCCAACGGGUUUGUUUGUAAUAAUUGAGUGAGUGGAUAAAUGUGUCUGAGGGUUUAUGCAGUAUUGCUGAAACAUUCAGAGUUUAACCUUUGAUUGAAAUUCUGUUUUAUUUUCCACAUGUGGUGAUACUGUUUGUAAGGACACAAUAAAUAAUACAAAGUUUA